AUGUCUGAGUUCGUCUGCGAGCAAUUUGUGCGCCGCUAUCUUAUGUCGCACAAUUACUUCCGAACUUUAGCCGCUUUCGAUGGAGAAUCCCACUCGGAUAACUUAAAUUACUGCUUUCAGCCAUCAAAAAUAAUCGAGACUGUCAGUAGAGCAAUAACUGGUCUAGACUGCGAGGCUCUGGAAAAUAUAUGGAAAGGUCUUGGAGACUGUUUUUCGUCUCGAUUGGACCGACGGAACUCAGCCAAAUUCGAAUCUUUGAAAGCAUAUACCUUCAAGACUUUGUUGUGUGAGGCAGUAAAAGCCAAACAACUAACCUGUAUCAAUAUCUUCUUUAGUGGCCAAAAGAUAUUUGAUUUGUCCUCAUCAGCGUGGAUCCAUUGGUCGGCCUUGCCGUUCAUAAAGGAGCCAACAAAACACUUUUUGUUCGGUCGGUACUUCACGAAGACUUGGUUGGAUGUUCUUCUUAUGUCCCUAAGCAACUUCCUUUGUACUCUCUUCCUAUCACUUUCGGAUCCCGUCAAAAAUGCUCCGAUCCAAAUCGCGAAUCAUGCAAAUUUGCCCCGCAUGAAUACAGAGAUGUUGGAUGACUUUGCUGAUUUGCCAGCAGCUCGCGUUGCUAAACAGAGAUAG